GCCAAAACAGCACGUGGCGAGGCUUGACCAAGCCUGACCGCGUCUCAAGGGUGGGUGCGGCGAGUGAUCUACAGAUUGUGUCCGCUGCUUUGUUCUACCAUUGUCUUGACUCGUUGUGCUCCCUCGAGAACGCAGUACAGGUCAGCCAAGGCGGACUCAAUUUACUUCGAUCCGCACCUGCGUCUUCAAUUGCCGGAUAAGAUCCCACCAAUCACCAUGAGCGAGAACCAACAAUUCUUCGAGACUAUCACCAAGUCCUACGUGGAUGUGCCCAUCACAGAGGAUGGAGUGGACACAGCUGCCUUUUGCGAGGCUAGUGAGAACCUGGUCAAGAUCUUUGGGCUUUUUGGCAAUCCCGCUUUCAGCGUUGUCGUCAAUGACUUGACCGGAAACAUCGCGAAAAUCCGAAAGUUCCUCGCUGCAAACCCCGAGUCUGCCAAAACGCUCGAGUCCCUUUUGGCUACGGACAAAGCUCAGCACCCGAAAGAGAAGGACAGAGACACGACCUCGGGGCUGAUGUGGCUUUUGAGAGGAUUGAAGUUCACGGCUGUCGGCCUGCGAUCCAACCUGCAGAAUCCAGAGGAGGAACUCAGUACUAGCUUCACCAAGGGCUAUGAAGCGAGCUUGAAAAAGUGGCAUGGAAUGAUGAUCCGACCAGUCUUUUACCUCGCAAUGAAAGCGUGUCCAUACCGUGCAACGUUUUACCCCAAACUUGGCUCUCCGGAGGACGUUGUCAAGGUCAAAAUGGAGGAAUGGUUGACGGCUUUGGAGAACAUUGUGGCUCACAUGGAAAAGGUCUUCCGCGACGGAAAAUACGGAGAGAUCUAGAGUAUGGGUCGCAUAAGGCUGCACAUGGCCACAUCUUUUGCAUAGCUGCGAAGUCGAUGUAUGCUCCAACCUACAGGCCAUGUGCAAUAG